ACUGUGGCCGCGGGUGGUCGUGGUGUUGAAGGGUGUUCUCGGAUUUUCUUGCUGUCACCGUGUUUGACGGGCGGCGCGGGCUAGCCUUUGCUGAGAGCCGAGUUGCUAAAUCUCCCUUGCUGAAGCUAGCAAGGAAAAACAACAAAGACCGGUGACAUAAAAUGAGUGGUUCUGAAUUUGGCCAUGGAUCCAAGUGCUGCCAAAGGAGAAAAAAACACACUCUCCGAGACCAUGAGGGCAAAGAUUGAGAGGAACCGCCAGCGGGCUUUGAUGCUCAGGCAAGCUAGACUGGCGAACUGGCCCUACCCUUCUCCUGGCGAAGGCAGUUCAAAAGUUAAAGCACCUCCAAAGACAAUAGAUACAGGAGGAGGUUUUUUUCUGGAGGAGGAAGAGAAAGAAGAAAAAAAUCGACACCAGACUGAGAAAAUUGUACAUCCCCCUGGGCCGGUAUUAGAAUUUGAUUAUCUAAUCUGCGAAGAAUGUGGGAAGGAAUUCAUGGACUCCUAUCUCAUGAACCAUUUUGACGUGGCAACAUGUGAUAAUUGCCGAGAUGUUGAAAACAAACAUAAACUCUUAACAAGGACUGAAGCAAAGCAAGAGUAUCUUCUGAAAGACUGUGAUUUGGACAAGAGAGAACCAGUGCUUAGAUUCAUUCUGAAGAAAAAUCCUCAUAAUCCACACUGGGGUGAUAUGAAACUUUAUUUAAAACUACAGGUAAUUAAGCGCUCCCUUGAAGUUUGGGGUAGUGAGGAAGCACUAGAAGAAGCUAAAGAAAACCGCCAAGAUAACAGAGAGAAGAUGAAACAGAAAAAAUUUGAUAAAAAAGUUAAAGAAUUACGGCGAGCUGUAAGAAGUAGUUUAUGGAAAAAAGACACAAGUAUCCACCAACAUGACUAUGGAGCUGAAGAAACGAUAGAUGAUGAUACGUACAGAAAGAUCUGCAGCACAUGUGGCCAUGAAUUAACCUAUGAAAAGAUGUAGAACGAUUUGGAUUUACAUUCGAUGCAUUUUUGUAUUCAAGUGUUUAUAUAAUUGAUAUGGCAUAUCAUAUAAUUGAUAUGGCAUAUUCUUUCUGGCCUACUUUGCAUACCCUAACCAUUAUCCAGAAAUAAGAACUGAAAAUCUGGUAGAAAAGAGGCAUAAUAAUCCUUUUAUAAAAAUGUUACAUUUAUUGAAUAAUAAAAAUAUUUUAACUAUAUAAUAUUUACACAGUUAAAUGCUUAUCUGUUAUCACUGCAUGCAUUCUUAACAUUUUUCAUAUAUAUAUCUACAGUAGUUUGUGGGUUAGAAAAACACUUUCCAACUUUGAAGAUCAUACACAGAGAACAUAAUACACCAUAGUGUGGUUUGUGUCAUUUUGAUUUAGUGUUAUUUCAACACAGUCACAGACCUUUUAAGCCCCAAAACUUCGGAUUGAGCCAUGUAUUGCCAUAGAGAAUGCUACUGGGAGGGCUGAAGAUUUGCUAGGAAUGUACAGUACAGCUGAACAAAUUAUUUGAGGCCCUGUAGGGUAGAGCAGUAUGUAGUUUAAACUACCAUGUUUCUCCGAAAAUAAAACCCAACCAGAAAAUAAGCCCUAACAUGAUUUUUCAGGAUGAUCGUAAUAUUACACCCCACCCCCAAAAUAAGCCCCAGUUAAGAUCAUCAGCCAGACAGGCAUUUAGUAUUGUGAUUGCGGUGUGGGGGGGGGGGGCUAGUUCCAUGUCACUUGUGUUGGAGGGGGCACCUGUGGGGGCCCAGGUGCAGGAUCCAUAGGUCUCUGGAGGAGGAGGAGGGGACCCUUCCCAAAGAUGCCUCAGCUCCAGCCAACAGCCAGCCCUGUGCCUUCGGAAGCCAGCCCGGGACUUCCGAGUUCUCGCUGUGACCCGUGCAGCCAGAAACUCCCCAUAAGAAGCAAUCAAGAGGAAGAUUUCUUCACACACACCCUUGCCUUUUUUUCUUCCCUGAGCAAUUGCCACUUGGCUCUUUUGCUGGCUGCAGAAGGGUUUCCUCAGCCAUCCGUUCUUCCCUGGAUCAAUUUCAGAAGCCGCCGCCACCACCAUUGACACUUCCUUUUGCCUCUUGCAGACUAGUUGCAAGGACGAGGCAGAGGAGAGGGCACCAGAGAAGGUGGCUGUGGGGACGGCUUCAGAGCCCGGCAUCAGCGAGGUUGCCACCCCCUCACCUCGUGGGUUUACCAGGACAGCUGCUUGGAGGUGGCAACAGGGCUGGCAGAGCGCGUCCUUCACGUGAGGAGAGUGAUGCAGACAGGUGGGGGCAACCGAAGGACCGGGUGGUAACACCUACCUUGCCCUGCGUGGCUUCAGCAGGUGUCUGGCAGGUGUAGUGAGAUGGGCAGGUGAGCGAGCGGGUCCCGCAGCCAGGCCACCCCCGUCCCACCAACUGCCUUGCCUCACAGUAGCGGCACCAGCAGCAGGCAGAGGUAGAGGUCUGGCAACCCAGCCCACCAGAUGGGCCAUGGGCGGGCCAGCUGCAUCUGGUAGGCUGGAUUGCAUGCCUUCCCCCCACCCCGGCUCUCUGACUCACCUGCGCUGCGCAGGCUGCACAAUCUCAUAGUGCACUGGCCAAGGGGCUGGCAGGCUGCAGCUGCUGCCAGACACCAUCGGCUCCUGCGUGCUCACUGCCUCCUGUACAUGAAAAAAGUAGGACGUCACCUGAAAAUAAGCCCUAAUGUGUCUUUUGGAGCAAAAAUAAAUAUAAGACCCAGUCUUAUUUUGGGGAAAACACAGUAUUACUAUUAUGGCAAUGGAAGUCUCCUUACCUAGCUCUUGUUAAAGGAACACAUUACUUGGAGGGAAAAUAUCUGGGCUUGUCAUAUAUUGGUAAAUGAAUACUUUAGUAAUCUGUGAACUUAUUUUUCAUUUAUUGGCUGGAUGUCAUUAGCAGUUCAAUGUGCUGUCUUGCCUAGUGAUGAUAAAUGGGAAUACUAAGAACCCAGUAAUUCAGCUCUGAGCUGUAUAUAUUUUCUACUAUUAAGAAUAGGCCCUUAAGUAACUCUCAAGUUUCUUACUCUCAAGUUAAGACGUUGAUAACAACAUUGGCAAAGCCAGCCUUUAAUCUAAUGAUUUGGCUUAUCCAAUUUAUGAGUAAACAUAAAUAAAUAAAAAGAAGCACAAGAGUCCUGGUUGUCUUCUUGGUCUAGGCCAAUGAAACAAAAAUACACUUUCUCCAUAGUAAUCAGACAAUCUUGAGCUACGGAAGGCAGAUCAGGCUAGUGUUGAUAGCUUUUAUUACAGUGGUUCUCAACCUUUCUAAUGCCGCGACCCCAUAAUACAGUUCCCCAUGUUGUGGUGACCCCCAACCACUUAUACAUCACCAGGUGCCAGGGGCGUGGCCAAAGAAAAGGGGAAAAAAAUGGCGGACAGCCUUGUUUGGUGACCCCCAUGAAAUGGUUGUUCGACCCCAAAUGGGGUCCCGACCCACAGGUUGAGAACCACUGUUUUAUUAAGUCACUUAAUGCAACUUAUAUCUGCAUUACAAAUGAGCAGCACAAAUUGUUGGUUCAGUAAUUAAGUGUGUUUCUAUUCUAGGUAACCCAAAAUAAGCACAUUAGACCAAUAUAAAAAAAAAUGUUGUAUUUCAAUUAUGUCUCAUACAACCAUGAUAAUUCAUUUUGAUAGCAAACAUAUCCAAAAGUUCUUUGCAGACUUGGCCGUUUGAAUAUUCAUAUAUUUGAGACUUCAGUUUCUUACGGAGCUUUGAGCAUUACCACCAAAAAGGACAUCUUCAGACAGAUUCAUAUGUUUUGAGACUUGUUUCACAUUAUUAUGGAACCUGUUGCAUAAUAUGCAAGGGGUAAACAAAGAGCCACGUUUAUUUAUUGUCUUCUAUUUUUAACUUUUAUACCAACAAUAGGAGGGCACAAAAGGGAUGCUAUGGCAGAGUCAACAUUCAAACCAUUUCAAAUUUAGAAAUCCACGCGUUAUUCUAUCCCAGUGUUUCCCAAACUUGACAAUUUUAAGGCAUGUGGACUUCAACUCCCAGAAUUCCACAGCCAGCAACGCUGGCUGUGGAAUUCUGGGAGUUGAAGUCCUCAUGCCUUAAAAUUGUCAAGUUUGGGAAACACUGUUCUAUCCCAAACCUUCAGGAAUCAUAACUAGCAUAAGGCCCCUACUGCUGAAAAUUUGAGUACUGUGUAUUAUUUAGCACAGCACUUUCAGAUUAUAUUUUUUUCCUUUCUUUCCCAUCAAAGUUUUCAUCUUAAAUUUAACAAGAUGAAAUUAAGUCCUAUA